CAGGGGCGCCGGCCACGGACACGGAGGAGCGGCUGAUCGAGUACCUGCUGGACCCGGCGCGCUACAACAAGCUCAUCCGCCCGGCCACCAACGGCUCCGAGCUGGUCACCGUGCAGCUCAUGGUGUCGCUGGCRCAGCUCAUCAGCGUGCACGAGCGCGAGCAGAUCAUGACGACCAACGUGUGGCUCACGCAGGAGUGGGAGGACUACCGCCUCACCUGGCGGCCCGAGGACUUCGACAACAUGCGCAAGGUGCGCCUGCCCUCCAAGCACAUCUGGCUGCCCGACGUGGUGCUCUACAACAACGCCGACGGCAUGUACGAGGUGUCCUUCUACUCCAACGCCGUCAUCUCCUACGACGGCAGCAUCUUCUGGCUGCCGCCGGCCAUCUACAAGAGCGCCUGCAAGAUCGAGGUGAAGCACUUCCCCUUCGACCAGCAGAACUGCACCAUGAAGUUCCGCUCCUGGACCUACGACCACACCGAGAUCGACCUGGUGCUCAAGAACGACGUGGCCAAUCUGGACGACUUCACGCCCAGCGGCGAGUGGGACAUCGUGGCGCUGCCGGGGCGGCGCAACGAGAACCCCGACGACUCCACCUACGUGGACAUCACGUACGACUUCAUCAUCCGCCGCAAGCCGCUCUUCUACACCAUCAACCUCAUCAUCCCCUGCAUCCUCAUCACCUCGCUGGCCAUCCUCGUCUUCUACCUGCCGUCCGACUGCGGCGAGAAGAUGACGCUCUGCAUCUCCGUGCUGCUGGCCCUCACCGUCUUCCUGCUGCUCAUCUCCAAGAUCGUGCCGCCCACCUCGCUGGACGUGCCGCUCGUGGGCAAGUACCUCAUGUUCACCAUGGUGCUGGUGACCUUCUCCAUCGUGACGAGCGUGUGCGUGCUCAACGUGCACCACCGCUCGCCCACCACGCACACCAUGCCGCCGUGGGUGCGCGCGCUCUUCCUGCGCAGGCUCCCGCCGCUGCUCUUCAUGAAGCAGCCGCGGCAGAACUGCGCCCGCCAGCGGCUGCGCCGGCGCCGCGGCGCCCCGCGCUGCUGCUGCUGCGGCUUGGAGGAGGCCGUGGACGGCGUGCGCUUCAUCGCCGACCACAUGCGCAGCGAGGACGACGACCAGAGCGUCAGCGAGGAUUGGAAGUACGUGGCCAUGGUCAUCGACCGCCUCUUCCUGUGGAUCUUCGUCUUCGUGUGCGUCUUCGGCACCGUGGGCAUGUUCCUGCAGCCGCUCUUCCAGAACUACGCCACCAACUCCCUGCUGCCGCUGGGCCCGGGCACCCCCACGGCCAAGUAG